AUGAUAAAAUUAGUUUUUUCAUUAAGAUUUUUGGCUCUUUUUGUUAAUUUUUUAAAUUGAUAUGUUUUAUUAUUAUCGUUUAUGAUAAUAGUUUUUUUGUUUUUAAAUUCAAAUAUAAUAUUAUAUUGAUAUAGAAUAUCAAGAUAUUUUUUGGGUGGUGAUAUUUUAUCUUUUUCUUUGAUUGCUUUGAGAAUUUGAAUUGUUUUUUUGAUAGUUUUGGCUAGAUCUUCUUUGUAUAGGAAUUAUACUUUUAAUUAUGAAUUUAUAUUUAUAAAUGUUUUGUUGUUAUUAUUUUUGAUUUUUUCUUUUAGUGUUAAUAGUCUAUUUUUAUAUUAUUUAUUUUUUGAGUGUAGAUUAAUUCCUACUUUGAUUUUGAUUUUUGGGUGAGGUUAUCAGCCGGAACGUUUGAUAGCUGGUUAUUAUUUAUUAUUUUAUACAUUGUUUUUUUCUCUUCCUAUAUUGUUAGGUAUUUUUUACAUUAAUGAUUUUUGUUUUGGGAUAUUUUAUUUUCUUAUUAAAGUUCCUUAUAAUUUUUAUUUAUAUCUUUCGAUGUUGAUGGCAUUUUUGGUGAAGAUGCCAAUGAUUUUUAUUCAUUUUUGACUUCCAAAGGCUCAUGUUGAGGCACCUAUUUCUGGUUCAAUAAUUUUGGCUGGGGUCCUUCUUAAAUUAGGAGGUUAUGGUAUUAUUCGUGUAUUUUUUUUCUUAAAAAAUUAUGGAUUGAAUUAUAUGUUUUUGUCUUUGAGUUUAUUUGGGAUUUUUAUAGUGGGUAUUUUAUGUAUAUUUCAGGUUGAUAUAAAAUCUUUGAUUGCUUAUUCUUCGGUUGCUCACAUAGGUAUAGUAAUUUGUGGUUUAAUAUGUAUGAAUAUAUUGGGUAUUAUUGGUUCAUUGAUUUUGAUGAUUGGUCAUGGUUUAUGCUCUUCUGGUAUAUUUUGUUUAGCAAAUAUUGCUUAUGAACGAACUUUAUCUCGAAGAAUUUUUAUUAAUAAAGGUUUAUUAACUUUUAUACCUAGAAUAUGUUUAUUCUGAUUUUUAUUAAUGAUUAAUAAUAUGGCUAGACCUCCUUCAAUGAAUUUGAUGGGUGAAAUUUUAUUGAUUAAUGGGAUUAUAUCUUGGAGAUAUAUUUCUUUUUUCUAUUUGAUAUUUGCAUCUUUUAUAGGGUGUAUAUAUAGUAUUUAUUUAUAUUCUUCUAUUAAUCAUGGGGUUGUUUAUAAGGGUUUGUUUUGUGGUUUUUGUGGUUAUUAUAUUGAAUAUUAUUUGUUAUUUUUACAUUGAUUUCCUUUAAAUAUCUUUUUUUUAAAAAUUGAUAUUAUUUCUUUAAUGGUUUUUUAUCUAGAUAGUUUAAUUUUAGAAUUAUAA